AUGGCAGCAGCAGCAGCUGCUGCCCUCUUGGCUGCCGUCGUGGCCCUAACGGCAGCCGAGGCUGCCCUCGUGGAGCACACAUUCGUUGUACGGCAGAUGCAUAUGCAACACUUGUGCAAGGACACGCUGGUGACGCUGGUGAACGGGCAGUUCCCAGGCCCAGCUAUCGAAGCUACGGAAGGGGACACGGUGGUCGUCCAUGUCGUCAACGAAUCCCCCUACGGAAUAACCAUUCACUGGCACGGUGUGAAGCAGCGGCUCAACUGCUGGGCGGACGGAGCAGGGAUGGUAACGCAGUGUCCCAUCCAGCCAAACGCCACCUUCUCCUACGGGUUCAACCUGACAGGGCAGGAGGGCACGCUGUGGUGGCACUCCCACGUCUCCAGCCUCCGCGCCACCCUCCACGGCGUCAUCAUCAUCCGCCCCAAGUCCGGCAACUACCCGUUCCGCAAGCCCGACAUGGAUGUCCCCAUCAUCAUAGGUGAAUGGUGGCACAAGGAUCUGACGGAGGUAGACAAGGCGUACCUCAACAGCAACGACAACGACCCCGCCGCGGCCACCAUCAACGGGAAGCUCGGAGACCUCAGCAACUGCUCCGGCAAGGCAGAGGACAGCUACGUCCUGGAGGUGGAGCCCGGCAAGACCUACCUGCUGCGCCUGGUGAACGCGGCGCUCUACUCCGAGUACUACUUCAAGGUGGCCGGCCACAGCUUCACGGUCGUCGCCUCCGACGCCAACUACCUCAGGCCCUUCAGCACCGACGUCGUCGCCGUCGCGCCGGGCGAGACCAUGGACGUGCUCAUGGUCGCCGACGCGCCGCCGUGCCGGAAGUACCACAUGGUCGCCCUGGCCAUCGAGGCGCCGGAGCCCGACCCGCAGCUGCCGCUCUACAUCUCCAGAGGCUUGGUGCGGUACAAGAACAUCAACGCCAGCGUCGAUUGCGCUGGCGCCGAGCGAGGUGCCGUGAUACCGGACAUGCCGGACAACCACGACACGACCACGACGUUCCACUUCCACGGCAACCUCACCGGCGCCGCACCCGAGCACCCGUUGCUGCCGCAGGUACGAGGCCCCGUCGACGAGCGCCUUUACAUUGCGCUUGGCCAGGGCUCCGUCUGCAGAGGGAACAUGACGUCGUGCAAGAGGGGAGGGAGCAGCGAGUCCAUGCUCGUCGCCUACAUGAACAACGUCUCCUUCCACCUCCCGGACAAGCUGGCGCUGCUCGAGGCACGCUACCGCGGCGACGCCUCCUUGUCGUCCACGGUGGAGGAGCUGCCGAGCAGGCCGCCGAGGCCCUUCAACUACACGGACCCGGCGCUGAUACCGGUCGCCCCCGGCGGGAAGGAGGAGGCCAUCGAGCCGACGCGGAAGGCCACCACGGCGCGCCGGUUCCGGUACAACGCCACGGUGGAGGUGGUGUUCCAGAGCACGGCCAUGAUGCAGAGCGACUCCAACCCGAUGCAUCUACACGGCCACGACUUCUUCGUGCUCGCGCAGGGCCACGGCAACUACGACGCCGCGAGCGACGCGCGCAGCUACAACCUGGUCGACCCGCCGGUGAAGAACACGGUGCAUGUGCCCAGGCUUGGCUGGGCGGCCAUCCGGUUCGUCGCCGACAACCCCGGCUCCUGGUUCCUGCACUGCCACUUCGAGUACCACAUCGCCCCAGGCAUGGCCACAGUGCUCGUAGUCGACAACGGACCGACGCCGGAGACGACUCUCCCGCCGCCACCUACCGAUCUUCCAAAGUGUUCUAAGCUGCAGGAACAAAGAGUUUGA